CACCAUGCCCACCCGAGUGUGUUGCUGCUGCUCUGCCUUGCGCCCUCGCUACAAACGCCUGGUGGACAACAUCUUCCCCGAAGACCCGAAAGAUGGUCUCGUUAAAGCAGACAUGGAGAAAUUGACAUUUUAUGCAGUAUCUGCUCCAGAGAAAUUGGAUCGAAUUGGUUCAUACUUAGCAGAAAGGUUGAGCAGGGAUGUCGUCAGACAUCGCUCUGGGUAUGUUUUAAUUGCCAUGGAAGCAUUGGACCAGCUUCUUAUGGCUUGCCAUUCUCAAAGCAUCAAGCCAUUUGUCGAAAGCUUUCUUCAUAUGGUAGCCAAGCUGCUAGAAUCCGGGGAACCAAAGCUUCAAGUGCUUGGAACAAAUUCUUUUGUCAAAUUUGCAAAUAUUGAAGAAGACACACCAUCCUAUCACAGACGUUAUGACUUUUUUGUGUCCCGCUUCAGUGCCAUGUGUCACUCCUGUCACAGUGAUCCAGAAACACGAACAGAAAUCAGAAUUGCUGGAAUCCGGGGUAUUCAAGGAGUUGUUCGCAAAACCGUGAAUGACGAACUUCGGGCCACCAUUUGGGAGCCCCAGCACAUGGAUAAAAUCGUUCCUUCCCUCUUGUUUAACAUGCAGAAGACAGAAGAGGUCGACAGCCGCAUAGGCCCUCCUCCUUCUCCUUCUGCUGCCGACAAGGAAGAGAACCCUGCCGCGCUGGCUGAGAACUGCUUCCGGGAGCUGCUGGGGCGCGCGACGUUCGGGAAUAUGAAUAAUGCUGUCAGACCAGUCUUCGCACAUUUAGACCAUCACAAACUGUGGGACCCUAAUGAAUUUGCUGCUCACUGCUUUAAAAUUAUAAUGUAUUCCAUUCAGGCUCAGUAUUCUCACCACGUAAUUCAGGAAAUUCUAGGACACCUUGAUGCUCGUAAAAAAGACUCCCCACGGGUGCGAGCAGGUAUCAUCCAGGUUCUACUAGAGGCUGUGGCCAUUGCUGCCAAAGGCUCCAUAGGACCCACGGUGCUGGAAGUCUUUAACACCCUACUGAAGCACCUGCGUCUCAGUGUUGAAUUUGAAGCAAAUGAUUUGCAGGGCGAGCCUGUAGGCAGUGCCAACUUAAACACCAGUACCAAAGACAAUGAUGAGAAGAUUGUGCAGAAUGCUAUUAUCCAAACAAUAGGAUUUUUUGGCAGUAACCUACCGGAUUAUCAGAGGUCAGAAAUCAUGAUGUUCAUUAUGGGGAAAGUACCUGUUUUUGGAACAUCCACCCACACUUUGGAUAUCAGUCAACUGGGGGAUUUGGGAACCAGGCGGAUUCAGAUAAUGUUGCUGAGAUCUUUACUUAUGGUAACCUCUGGAUACAAAGCAAAGACCAUUGUUACUGCACUGCCUGGAUCUUUUCUGGAUCCUUUGUUGUCACCAUCCCUCAUGGAGGACUAUGAGCUGAGACAGUUGGUCUUGGAAGUCAUGCAUAACCUCAUGGAUCGCCAUGACAACAGGGCAAAACUUCGGGGGAUCAGAAUAAUACCAGAUGUUGCUGACCUAAAGAUAAAAAGAGAAAAAAUCUGUAGACAAGACGCAAGUUUCAUGAAAAAGAAUGGGCAACAACUGUACCGGCACAUAUAUUUGGGCUGUAAAGAGGAAGACAAUGUUCAGAAAAACUAUGAGCUACUUUAUACUUCUCUCGCUCUCAUAACUAUUGAAUUGGCCAAUGAGGAAGUGGUCAUUGAUCUCAUUCGAUUAGCCAUUGCUUUACAGGACAGCGCCAUCAUCAACGAGGACAGCCUGCCCGCGUUCCAUCGCUGUGGGAUAAUGGCCCUGGUUGCCGCGUACCUCAACUUUGUCAGUCAGAUGAUAGCUGUCCCUGCAUUUUGCCAGCAUGUCAGCAAGGUUAUUGAAAUUCGAACUAUGGAAGCCCCUUAUUUUCUACCAGAGCAUAUUUUCAGAGAUAAGUGCAUGCUUCCAAAAUCUUUGGAGAAGCAUGACAAAAAUUUAUACUUCUUGACCAACAAGAUCGCAGAGUCACUGGGUGGCAGUGGCUAUAGUGUUGAGAAGUUGUCGGUGCCGUACGUGCCCCAAGUGACAGAUGAAGAUCGACUUUCUAGAAGAAAAAGCAUCGUAGACACUGUCUCCAUUCAGGUGGAUAUUUUGCCCAGCAGCGUUCCGUCUGAUGACGUGGUGAGUAACACUGAAGAGAUCACCUUCGAAGCGCUGAAGAAAGCAAUUGAUACCAGUGGAACGGAAGAACAGGAAAAGGAAAAGAGGCGUCUUGUGAUAGAGAAAUUCCAGAAAGCACCUUUUGAAGAAAUAGCAGCACAGUGUGAAUCCAAAGCAAAUUUGCUUCAUGAUAGACUUGCUCAAAUACUGGAACUCACCAUACGCCCUCCUCCCAGUCCGUCGGGAACACUGACCAUUACUUCUGGGCAUGCCCAGUACCAGUCCGUCCCAGUCUAUGAGAUGAAGUUUCCAGAUCUGUGUGUGUACUGAGGGGCUCGUGAAGACCUUGGCACAGGAUCUAACGCCUGUAAAUUAAGGCCCCGCUGGGUUUUCAGGGUGUCCUUCCUGUGUGUUAGCAUCCUUCCUGAGAAUAAAGGCAAGGUGUCUCUUCAACCAAAUGCCUGGCACAAACCACGUUAGAAACGGUGGAGCUGCGUAUGGCGACAGUACUUUGGGGGAUGGGUUUCUGCCACCAGUUUCUUUUGAGGUUCUUGUCGGCUUUCAGAGUCGGAUGUGUGUUGGUCUCCCACCAUUCCGUGGUGCAGCGGUAUAUUUUAAACUUCACAAAUAUGUAAUUUUAAAAGAUACUAUGCCUUCAGAGGGCUGAAGAUGUACGAAGUGUCUACUGUAUUUCUUAAACAUCUACACGACUGCUUAGGAAUAGAAUUGCUUUUGUGUUUGGUUAUCUGCAAAAGCAAAUAUGUACAAAUAUAUUGCUAAUCUUGGGGCCGCAAACCUGUCCUGUGGCUCGUGUCCCCACGUUUUAGAUGGUGUGAUCUGUAGUAGCACGUGAUAGGCCUUCCUCCACUAGUUUAUGGUAAUAAGACACCUCUUGAAUAGUCUUCCCAGACUAUGACCAACCCUAAAAUCGCCAUAUUUAAGCGUCCAGUUCUCGUCAUACCGUGUUUCCUGCCAUUCUACUCGAGAAGCUCAGAGCUUCCCCUUGGCGUACUGAACUGUGCAAUAUAUUUUUACAUCAUAAAAUGUAUUAGUUUACAGAAUAUGCUUUGAAAUUAGAGUAGUAUUUUGCUGUGGCUUCCAUUAGUUAUAUGAGAUCUGUAUUUAGUGUAAGAAAAAAAGGACAUUUAAAACAGCUACUAGUUCACCUGUGAAGAGCGUGUACCUUUUGAUUUCUUUCAAAAGCACAUUAUUUACAUUUUUAUAUUAUGCAUUGUUUUAAAUCUUCAUAGUCAAAAGAGUCUCCAAACAGACUUUUAAUUUGUAAGAUUUGAACUAUAACUUGUAUGCAUCUGCUUAGGAUUUGUCCCAUUACAGUCGAAAAGCGUGCGUGUGGCUUUAGCGACCGGGCUGAGGACCGUCAGCUUCGAAAGCUUCCGCCUGCCGAGGCCCCCGAGGGCACACGUGGGACGCGUGGCCCAGCCCCACGGUGUCUCCUCACAGUUGUGUGCGUUCCAGUGAAUUCCAUCACACAGCGAAAAUGAGCAACUUUCUUUGCGACUCUCAUAAAAUCUUCUUAGGUCAUUUUUAUAGAAUAACCUGUUUAUAAUUACAUUGCCUUUUCAGAUUCCGUUUCUUUUUACAGAGAACAGUAUACGUAUCAAACAUUGUAGCUCAAAAAAUAAUUCAGUUUUUAUCUUUUGUUUUUGUUUGAAAAACCACAGUUGAGAAUGGCAUGUUAGAAGUUUGUGUUUAUGAUUGUUGGGCACCCUUGCAAGGAACAGAAAAAUGUACAGGAGUGGCAAAAGAACAAGCCUGUUCCCAGUGUUUUUAAUAAACCGAAGUAGAGCGUCUUGAAGCAUCUCGCGAAAGACCCUAGUUGUCGGGGCCCCUGAAAGGGUGCUGGGGGCCCCUGGGCCCUGUCGUGGGCACUGAGCUGCAGGCUCACGGCGCGGUCAGCACGGGUUAGUGACCUCGCUUCGCUGUCACUGGAACUUCACCUCUUGAUCAGGUAGAAUGUGUCACCAUAUAAUAGGCCAAGUUUUAUGUUUUCUAUCUCCCUUUUUUUCUUCUGUAUUUUUAAAGAAGGGUAUUAAUUUUUGUGCAUUUGAAAACAUCUGAGCAGGGGGACAUGCAGAAACAAUCAUCAUCCACUUGGAUGUCAUUUUAUAGAUUGACACUGUGUGCUUUUGUAUGAAAAAAAUAUGUAUAAUUUAAUAGUGUAAGUAAAGGAGAUAUAUAUUCAUUUGCACUCAGUGCACAACUUUGCUCUACAAGUUUCAUGUUUCUCCGGGAUUUAAAAAGGCAUGUACUGCAUGUAAAGAAAAACCAUUUGAAUCAAUUGUUUAUCACACCUUUCUCUUGGUCUGUUUGGAAACCGUUGAUGUGGGUUUCGCGGGUUUCUGUUUUCUUGUCGCUGUUGUUUUUAAAUGACAGCGGACUUCUGAUAUCCUAGAUGAAUAAUCGUCCCCAGGAAGUGGAUCUUUGCUUUACUUGUCCCUUCCAGGAGACCUCAAGAGACCCUGUGGGUAACGGGUGCGUGUGUGCAGUGUUCCAGCCAGUUUGGAGACUGAAAGUUUUGAAAGUCUACGAUGUGUUGAGGUUCACUGUAUGGCUAUAUUUUCGUAGAUAUUUAAAACUCUUAAUAAAACUGUUAAUCAUUCUCUUUUUGCUGUA